AGGCGGAGGUGGAGUCGAACUCUGACCACUGUGAGACUUUCACCUCGCGCCGAUUUUCAGGCCAUAGCUUCCCUCCGGCAACUUGUUUCGCUCACCGGAGUUCGGGAGUCUAGAUGGAUCCCACCGCCUCUGCCUGCCAUGUCGCCGCAAUCCCUUACCCAGGAAGGGGCCACAUCAACCCCAUGUUCAAUUUCUGUUACUUGUUAGCUUCAAUGAGAGAUGAUGUCCUCAUCACCUUCGUUCUAACUCAAGAGUGGCUGGGCUUCAUCGGCUCCGACCCCAAGCCCCCCAACCUCCGCUUCUCCUCCAUACCCAAUGUCAUACCGUCGGAGCUGGCUCGCGCCGCCGAUUUCCCAGGGUUUUGGGAAGCUGUGAUGACGAAAAUGGAGGACCCAUGUGAACGGCUCCUGGAUCGGCUCAAACCUCCGGUGACUGCCAUUGUGGCCGAUACUUUUUUGUUCUGGGCGGUGGGACUGGGCAAUCGGAGGAAUAUUCAGGUCGCAUCUUUAUGGCCGAUGUCGGUUUCCGAGUUCUAUCAUUUAGAUAAUCUCAUUGUUCAAGCUCAGAACUCUCCAACUGAUAUGUCAGAACAAAGAGCAGAGCACUCGGAUUUGAAGGAGAACAAGCAAAUAUUUGGACGAGUGAAGGAGGCCUUUUCGUGGAUACGGAAAGCGCAAUUCCUUUUGUUGACUUCCAUAUAUGAGCUUGAAGCUCAGGUCAUAGAUGCUGUAAAGGCAAAACUCUCAUUCCCCAUCUAUUCUCUUGGACCCCUCAUACCUUACUUCAAACUCAGGCAUAGCUCUAUACCUAUACCUUCCUACCAGAGCAACAACAGUGGCUGCUUAGAAUGGCUAGACUCUCAGCGUCUUUCUUCUGUUCUGUACAUCUCUUUGGGAAGCUUUCUUUCAGUUUCGAGUGCCCAAAUGGAUGAAAUAGCAGUUGGGUUGCAGCAAAGUGGUGUUCGGUUCUUGUGGGUGGUGCGUGGAGAAGCGGCUCGGAUAAAGGAUAUUUGUGGUGAAAUGGGGAUGGUGGUGGCUUGGUGUGACCAAUUGAGGGUGUUGUCUCAUGAUUCUGUAGGGGGGUUUUGGUCCCACUGUGGGUGGAACUCAGUUGUGGAAGGUGUCUUCUCAGGUCUUCCUUUUCUCACUUUUCCCAUACUUAUGGAUCAACACUGCAAUGGUAAGCUAAUUGUGGAGGAUUGGAAGAUUGGAUGGAGGGUUAGAAGAGAGCUGGGAAAAGAAGUUUUGGUCAAAAGAGAUGAAAUUGCAUGCCUUGUGAAGAAGUUCAUGGAUUUGGAAAGCAAUGAGGGAAAUGAAAUGAGAAGAAGAGCAAGAGAACUUCAAGAGAUUUGUCAACAAGCAAUUACAAAAGGAGAAUCGUCUUACACUAAUCUUGAAGCUUUUGCAAGGGACAUCCACAAUGCUGCUACCGUUGAAGCAGGAUGAUGUGUUGUGGCACUGGUGAUUGAAGGAUGUGAAGCUUGUGACCAUAUGUUCUAAUAAAAGCUUAUGAAUUUGGCAUUCUGUCAUCCAAGAAUUCCUCCAAAUGACCAACUCGAUCUAUGGACUACAUUUCUGGAAUUUCCUAUUUUUAGAAAAGAAAUUAGAUUUAAUUUUUAAUAGAGAUAUGCAUCUCAAAUUCUUAUUUUUA